UGCCCUGGUUACGCCGAGGCACGUGUGCAGUCCCGGAAGCGGCUCAGGGAAGCUGCCCAGCGCGCGCAGCCGGAGGAAGCACAGCCCCGGUCCGCUCGGGUCGGGUCCGGCUGGGCCAUGGAGCCGUUACCUGAGCCCGCGUCCGGGCCCCGACCCAGGCCCCACCGUCUUAUGCUUCUUUCCCUGCUAUUGCUGCUGCUGCUGCUACUGCCGGCCCCGGAGCUGGGCCCCAGGCAGGCCCGAGCCGAGGACACCGACUGGGUUCGACUGCCCAGCAAAUGCGAAGUGUGUAAAUAUGUCGCUGUGGAGCUGAAGUCAGCCUUUGAGGAAACUGGCAAGACCAAGGAGGUGAUCGACACAGGCUAUGGCAUCCUGGACCGGAAGGCCUCAGGCGUCAAAUAUACCAAGUCGGACUUAAGGUUAAUUGAAGUCACGGAGACCAUUUGCAAGCGGCUCCUGGACUACAGCCUGCACAAGGAGAGGACCGGCAGCAACCGAUUUGCUAAGGGCAUGUCAGAGACCUUUGAGACGCUGCACAACCUGGUGCACAAAGGGGUCAAGGUGGUGAUGGACAUCCCCUACGAGCUGUGGAACGAGACCUCGGCAGAGGUGGCCGACCUCAAGAAGCAGUGCGACGUCCUGGUGGAGGAGUUCGAGGAGGUGAUCGAGGACUGGUACAGGAACCACCAGGAGGAGGACCUGACUCAGUUCCUCUGCGCCAACCACGUGCUGAAGGGCAAGGACGCCAGCUGCCUGGCAGAGCAGUGGUCUGGCAAGAAGGGGGACACAGCCGCCCUGGGAGGCAAGAAAUCCAAGAAGAAGAGUGGCCGGGCCAAGGCCUUGGGCAGCGGUGGCAGCAAACAGAGGAAGGAGCUGGGCGACCUCGACGGAGACCCCAGCCCCGAGGAGGACGAGGGCAUCCAGAAGGCUUCCCCGCUCACACACAGCCCCCCUGACGAGCUCUGAGCCUAACCCAGCAGCUCCUGCUGACCGAGAGCCUGAGCUGGGAGCCCAAGGGUCUGGGCCCCCGGCUCCCGCAGAUGGAGCAGUGCGGGGUCUCAGUGGUGUCUGCCUGGCUGGUGCCGCCUCCUGCCGUGGAAACUCCAGCCCCAGGAGAACUCGGAUCAGCUGCGGGCAGCCCAGGCCGGCCUCUUCCCUCUGCCCAGCGUUCCUCUCCCGACCCAGACUUCAGGCGGGCCUCGUGAUCUCAGGACUGCCCAGGACUCCAGUGUGAACUCCAGUGGGCAGGUGUUGAGCUGGACCCAGGACUGGGGCUCCAGAGCCCCCUACCACCUCGCUCCUCCAGCACCAGCUCCUCCUCUCCGUACCCCCUCUUCCUGGGGACACCUUGUGCUCUGCCCGGCCCUCCCCUGGGGCUCACAGAGUAAAACCUUUCGGCCUUUUUCAUUCAGA